CAGAUUUCGAUUUUAAUGAUCGCUUCGACGAAUAAACAAAACACACACUCCAUCCGGUUUUUGCUACUUUCUGAAGAUCUUUCGUACUAAUCGUUGCUAAUUCAAGGAUUCGAACGUAUUCUCCUACAGUUUCAAAAACAUCUCAUAGCUUCAGCUGUAAAGGAUAAUUAAGAAAGCUAUUUUGUGUGCAAGACAACAAUAUGUAAGGAAAACGAUAUACGUAACGAAAAAUGUAUGAAGUAUAAAGCUUCCUUCUGCUGACAUUUCCAGCCAUACGCGAUAUUAAUAAACGCGAGAAACAAUUCCUUAAGGACAUCAAGACGUUAAUUUCGCUUCAUUUGAAUAAAAAGCAAAACAGAUACUUAACCAGUUCCCACAAUGGCGAUAUAUUUGACAGCAUGUGUAACAUAUAUACUUUUAUUACUUGAAGUUAUUCACGGCGACAGUGAGAUUGAACGCAGCAAUAACAGCGCAGAUUUUCAUGGAGUUCAUGCUGCCAAACUGGAAGACACACAAAGACUACAUCGAGAUUUAUUUCACCGUUACAAUACCAUGGUACGCCCGAUCCAGGAUCAAGACAAACCUGUUACAAUUAAUAUGGAUUUAUAUCUCAUGAGUAUUACGUCACUGGACGAGAAAGAACAGACGAUGCGAAUCAUGGGAUAUUUACAUCUGGAUUGGACUGACCACCAACUAAAAUGGGCACCUGACCGUUACGGUGGAUUGAAACAUCUCGUCUUACCAACAGAUAAAGUUUGGACUCCACAACUUCUUUUAGGCAAUUCAGCCAGCAACUUCAAGGAUUUAACGAAAGAAAAGUUGCAACUAAAGGUUUAUUGGAACGGCGAAGUAGAGUGGUCUCCAGGUGGACAAAUGACUGUCUCCUGUAGACUUAAUAUCACUAGUUUCCCGUUUGAUCGCCAGACUUGCAGUAUAGUGUUUGGGUCUUGGACAGAAGAUGCAAAUGCGAUUGUCUUCAAGCCACGCAGUGAAAAGAUAGAAUUUGACCAUUACGUUGAAAACAAUGAAUGGGAAAUUGAAAGCACUAUGACAGGCAAUUUAAAAGUCAACCAUCAAUCGAGAGAAAGUGAGAAAACCUACAGUAAUGCUGUUUUCUCGAUAAAACUAAAGAGACGGCGUACAUUCCACAUAGUGUCUACCUACAUCCCGUUCGUACUUCUAGCAUUGCUUAAUCUAGCCGCUCAUGUUGUUCCAGUCAUGUCAGGCGAAAAACUUAUGCUAGCAACGACCACUUUGCUAGCAUAUGCCGUACUUCUAAACGACAUCAAUCGAAAGAUUCCAGGAAACUCCGCCACCACAUCAGUUCUUGAUUGGUCUUUCUGGACAUCACAAGGUGUAUGCCUUACGAUGUUCCUGGUUAUCAGUACAGCCACUGUGUGGAUAUCAGCUAUCCAGCUGCGCAUCAUGCAUUCGAAAUCAUCAUUUCCAAGUAGCUUCAGUAAGUCUGGUCUGAGUACAAGCAGUUUCAACGACGAAACCAGUCUAACAGUGCCAUUAGACGCAACACUUAGUACUGGAGCCAGUUGCUCAGGGACCGCAGGCACCAGUGCAGACAAGCUCGAGAGCUAUGUCAUGGUAGACUACCUUCGGCACCAACAAAGUAGUUCGGGUGAAGAAGGGUGUGCCGGUGGAAUUCCCCCUGCUGGUAUGGAGAACUUCAUUAAUGCCAUUGUGUCGCAACGUGAACAGAGGAAAUUCCAGCAUCGAAGAUUAGAAGGGAAGCGUCGUAAAUUUUUCCUAUCCAAAAAUCUCGGAUGUUGGUUUUCCCUCAUUGCUACUCUACUGACUAUACUGACGGCACUUGCACCACUUUUUGUCAUCACCUAAAAUACAAUUCAUAAGCUUGAUGCGCCGACAAUGGCGACACAAAUGUGAAAGAAAAAUUAACAGCAAUAAACCCAUAAACAUAAGAGACAAUAUUGAAUACAAAAUACUUAACAACAAUUCAUACAAUAAGAUAAAUUCCAUGAUUUACUUUAUAAAACAAAAUGAUAAUAUAACAGUUCUGAAGAGAAUAAAAACACGAUAAACAAUGUGGUGAAAUAUCAAACUGCCUAAACACACAAAGGGAAAAACUAUAAUCUGAGAAAGAGACCAAGUUUAAGAAUGCCUUCAUUGAAAUAAACUACUGCUUUUGAAACAAUAUUCCCUUUGUAUGAUAAAAACAACAAA